AUGUUAACUUCUCAAAUUAAACAAUCAGUCACAGUUUUCUCCAUCAGCUGCAGAAUACGAAUGAGAAGCAUGAGAAAAAAUGAAAUGCAUCACGUCCCACAAAAUCAACACGUAAGCAAUGCAAAGAGCGUUUUGAAAAUGUAUUUUAUGCUGCACAAUUCCGAAUGGAAUGCUUAUCUCACUCCAUUUAGUCUCGAUUUCUUUUUCGUCUUGCUUGAAGAUAUCAUGUAA